UUAACUUCUGCUGUUCUUCUUUAUUUCAAAAAAAAAAAAAAUUGCCGCGCCUAGUUCUAUGUCAUUUACAAGAAUAUUGGAUUCCAUUAAGUUGUUCAACCUGAGGGAAGUACAGUUGGAUUCAGAUUCUGCAAUAACUAUUACAUAAGCUUUGUUUCGAAGGAAAUUUGUUCUCGUACUUCUGUCCAAUGUAAUAGGAAAUUUGGAAGUUAUCUUCACCCAACCUUUUGCAUUAAGAGAUGAGCCGAUCAAGUGAAGCAGCUGCCAUGAAGCGGAAAAGACCAAACAUGGAUUCAGCUACUCCAGGACUUGUAGAUGCUGACCGUAUAGUGCUCGAUGUGGUCAAAAGUAAAAGGAAUCUGGGUAUCUGGGUGGCAGAGGUGAAAAAAGAGGCAAACCUCGCACCAACUAUUGUGGAUAAAUCCCUGAUGUCACUGGUGAAAAAGAAGUUGAUAAAACAAGUCGUGAAUAUCCAAAAUAAGGGAAGGAAACAUUACAUGGCUGUUGAGUUUGAACCUUCGGAGGAACUGACUGGUGGUGCAUGGUACUCGGAGGGAAAUCUUGAUAAGGAAUUCAUCACUAUUCUUAGAGACACGUGCCUCAGGGUCAUAGCAAAGCAGACAGUCGCUACUACGGAGGGAAUCCACGACUUCUUGAAGCACCGGCAAGUUGCUGAGUGUACACGUCAACAAGUCGCAGAAAUAUUGAACUCUAUGGUUCUGGACAAUGCUAUUAUAGAGGUAAAGAGUACUGGAUUGGGAGAAUAUCAUUCUAUUCCUGUUGGAACAGUUUGUUAUCGAACUGCAAGUGGAGCUGCUUUAGGGACUGGCCCGAAAACAAUAGGGCCAAUGGCUUCAAUUCCAUGUGGUGCUUGCCCUAGUAUUAGUCUAUGUACACCAAAUGGAAUUAUAUCUCCACAAACCUGUGUUUACUACACUAAAUGGUUGAACUUUGAAUUUUGAUGGACUUCUGAUAAGUAAAUCCAAAGUACCCUACACUGCCACAAGCUGGUUGCUUUUGAAAGUUUCUCGUUUGUCUUUUGGUUUUGAUGAAACCAAAGUGCUGAUCACCCUUUUCCAGAAACCCCUAUGGGAAGUUUAAUGUUUCUAUUAAAAUGUUUUAACUCUGAGGUGUGAUGACACAGCUCUCACACCUUUUUUGACUUCCUUUUGACAUAUAUCAAAUUGUUAUCAGCUAGAUGUCACUUGAAUAAGUCAUUCUGUCGUCUCAA